AUGGCUCCCUAUAAGUCUGAACCUGAUUUCAUUCUCUUGUUAUGGACGUGGCCUUUUGGUCAUCAGUUCCCUUUAAAUAAUUGUCCAAAACCCUUUGAUAGUCCUCGGUGCCUGCUUACAGCCAACCGUAGCUUGUAUAACACGGCAAAUGCAGUCGUCUUUCAUCACAGGGAUGUAUGUGGAUCCAGAAAGCAGAUGCCUCAGAUGCCAAGGCCUGAAGGACAAUAUUGGGUGUGGUUUAACUUGGAAUCUCCAAGUCACAGUCCAAACCUGAGCUUCAUGGACAAACUCAUCAACCUCACAAUGUCCUAUAGAAGUGACUCUGAUAUCUUCACUCCUUAUGGAUGGUUAGAGAAGAUUGAAGUCGCUGAAAACUAUACAAUCUCAAAUAAGUCUCAGCUGGUGGCUUGGAUUGUCAGUAACUGGAAUCCGAGUUCCAGACGGGUCAAGCUUUAUAACGAUUUGAAAAAUCAUAUACCUAUAGAUGUUUAUGGUAGACAACAUCUACCUUUAGCCAGGGAGAGCAUUCAUAUGGUUAUCUCUAAAUACAAGUUCUAUUUAUCCUUUGAGAACUCAAUACAUACAGACUAUAUAACAGAAAAACUCUGGCGUACUGCUUUUCUGUCUGGAUCUGUCCCGGUGGUUCUUGGCCCACCCAGAGAAAACUAUGAGAGAUUUAUUCCAUCUGAUUCAUUCAUUCAUGUGGAUGACUUCCCAAGUGCAAAAGAGCUGGCUUCCUACCUGCUUGAACUGGACAGAAAUGAUCAAAAAUACCAGGAAUACUUCAAAUGGAGAUCAAAACUGAGGCCAGUGGCAAAUGUUUCUUGGAUUGUGCAUUACUGCCAUGCAUGUGUAGAACUGCAAAAUGCCCCUCCAUAUAGAACCAUAUUUAGUCUUGGCAAAUGGUUCACAUGA